CGAGUGCGGGCCGGGCGGGAGUGCUGCGAGAGCGGGUUGGCGGAGCGUAGCGUCCGAGGAGGCGGCGGGAGCGGCGGCGGCGGGGCUGUGGGGCGGUGCGCGAGCGAGAGGCGAAGAGCGCGCGGGCCGUGGCCAGGGUCUGGCGGCGGCCUGGCGGAGCGGAGAGCAGCGCCCGCGCCUCGCCGUGCGGAGGAGCCCCGCACACAAUAGCGGCGCGCGCAGCCCGCGCCCUUCCCCCCGCGCGCCCCGCCCCGCGCGCCCAGCGCCCCGCGCCGCCUCACCUGCCACCAGGGAGUGGGCGGGCAUUGUUCGCCGCCGCCGCCGCGCGGGGCCAUGGGGGCCGCCCGGCGCCCGGGGCCGGGCCUGGCGAGGCCGCCGCGCCGCCGCUGAGACGGGCCCCGCGCGCAGCCCGGCGGCGCAGGUGAGGCCGGCCGCGCCAUGGUGGACCCGGUGGGCUUCGCGGAGGCGUGGAAGGCGCAGUUCCCGGACUCAGAGCCGCCGCGCAUGGAGCUGCGCUCAGUGGGCGACAUCGAGCAGGAGCUGGAGCGCUGCAAGGCCUCCAUUCGGCGCCUGGAGCAGGAGGUGAACCAGGAGCGCUUCCGCAUGAUCUACCUGCAGACGUUGCUGGCCAAGGAAAAGAAGAGUUAUGACCGGCAGCGCUGGGGCUUCCGGCGCGCGGCGCAGGCCCCCGACGGCGCCUCCGAGCCCCGAGCGUUCGCGCCGCGCCCGCAGCCCGCGCCCGCCGAGGGAGCCGACCCACCGCCCGCCGAGGAGUCCGAGGCCCGGCCCGACGGAGAGGGUUCUCCGGGUAAGGCCAGGCCCGGGGCCGCCCACAGGCCUGGGGCAGCCGCGUCUGGGGAACGGGACGACCGGGGGCCCCCCGCCAGCGUGGCGGCGCUGAGGUCCAACUUCGAGCGGAUCCGCAAGGGCCAUGGCCAGCCCGGGGCGGACGCCGAGAAGCCCUUCUACGUGAACGUCGAGUUUCACCACGAGCGCGGCCUGGUGAAGGUCAACGACAAAGAGGUGUCGGACCGCAUCAGCUCCCUGGGCAGCCAGGCCAUGCAGAUGGAGCGCAAAAAGUCCCAGCACAGCGCGGGCUCGAGCGUGGGGGAUGCAUCCAGGCCCUCUUACCGGGGACGCUCCUCGGAGGGCAGCUGCGGCGUCGACGGCGACUACGAGGACGCCGAGUUGAACCCCCGCUUCCUGAAGGACAACCUGAUCAACGCCAAUGGCGGUAGCAGGUCCCCUUGGCCGCCCCUGGAGUACCAGUCCUACCAGAGCAUCUAUGUCGGGGGCAUGAUGGAAGGGGAGGGCAAGGGCCCGCUCCUGCGCAGCCAGAGUACCUCGGAGCAGGAGAAGCGCCUUACCUGGCCCCGCAGGUCCUACUCCCCCCGGAGCUUUGAGGAUUGCGGAGGCGGCUAUACCCCGGACUGCAGCUCCAAUGAGAACCUCACCUCCAGCGAGGAGGACUUCUCCUCUGGCCAGUCCAGCCGCGUGUCCCCAAGCCCCACCACCUACCGCAUGUUCCGGGACAAGAGCCGCUCUCCCUCGCAGAAUUCGCAACAGUCCUUCGACAGCAGCAGUCCCCCCACGCCGCAGUGCCACAAGCGGCACCGGCACUGCCCGGUUGUCGUGUCCGAGGCCACCAUCGUGGGCGUCCGCAAGACCGGGCAGAUCUGGCCCAACGAUGGCGAGGGCGCCUUCCAUGGAGACGCAGAUGGCUCGUUCGGAACACCACCUGGGUAUGGCUGCGCUGCAGACCGGGCAGAGGAGCAGCGCCGGCACCAAGACGGGCUGCCCUACAUUGAUGACUCGCCCUCCUCAUCGCCCCACCUCAGCAGCAAGGGCAGGGGCAGCCGGGAUGCGCUGGUCUCGGGAGCCCUGGAGUCCACUAAAGUGAGUGAGCUGGACUUGGAAAAGGGCUUGGAGAUGAGAAAAUGGGUCCUGUCUGGAAUCCUGGCUAGCGAGGAGACUUACCUGAGCCACCUGGAGGCACUGCUGCUGCCCAUGAAGCCUUUGAAAGCCGCUGCCACCACCUCUCAGCCGGUGCUGACGAGUCAGCAGAUUGAGACCAUCUUCUUCAAAGUGCCUGAGCUCUACGAGAUCCACAAGGAGUUCUAUGAUGGGCUCUUCCCCCGCGUGCAGCAGUGGAGCCACCAGCAGCGGGUGGGCGACCUUUUCCAGAAGCUGGCCAGCCAGCUGGGUGUGUACCGGGCCUUUGUGGACAACUAUGGAGUUGCCAUGGAAAUGGCUGAGAAGUGCUGUCAGGCCAAUGCUCAGUUUGCAGAAAUCUCCGAGAACCUGAGAGCCAGAAGCAACAAAGAUGCCAAGGAUCCAACGACCAAGAACUCUCUGGAAACUCUGCUCUACAAGCCUGUGGACCGUGUGACGAGGAGCACGCUGGUCCUCCAUGACUUGCUAAAGCACACUCCUGCCAGCCACCCCGACCACCCCUUGCUGCAGGACGCCCUCCGCAUCUCACAGAACUUCCUGUCCAGCAUCAACGAGGAGAUCACACCCCGACGGCAGUCUAUGACGGUGAAGAAGGGAGAGCACCGGCAGCUGCUGAAGGACAGCUUCAUGGUGGAGCUGGUGGAGGGGGCCCGCAAGCUGCGCCACGUCUUUCUCUUCACCGACCUGCUUCUCUGCACCAAGCUCAAGAAGCAGAGCGGAGGCAAAACGCAGCAGUAUGACUGCAAAUGGUACAUUCCGCUCACGGAUCUCAGCUUCCAGAUGGUGGAUGAAUCGGAGGCAGUGCCCAACAUCCCCCUGGUGCCGGAUGAGGAGCUGGACGCUUUGAAGAUCAAGAUCUCCCAGAUCAAGAGUGACAUCCAGAGAGAGAAGAGGGCGAACAAGGGCAGCAAGGCCACGGAGAGGCUGAAGAAGAAGCUGUCGGAGCAGGAGUCGCUGCUGCUGCUUAUGUCUCCCAGCAUGGCCUUCAGGGUGCACAGCCGCAAUGGCAAGAGUUACACGUUCCUGAUCUCCUCUGACUAUGAGCGUGCAGAGUGGAGGGAGAACAUCCGGGAGCAGCAGAAGAAGUGUUUCAAAAGCUUCUCCCUGACAUCUGUGGAGCUGCAGAUGCUGACCAACUCGUGUGUGAAACUCCAGACCGUCCACAGCAUUCCGCUGACCAUCAAUAAGGAAGAUGAUGAGUCUCCGGGGCUGUAUGGGUUUCUGAAUGUCAUCGUCCACUCAGCCACUGGAUUUAAGCAGAGUUCAAAUCUGUACUGCACCCUGGAGGUGGAUUCCUUUGGGUAUUUUGUGAAUAAAGCAAAGACGCGCGUCUACAGGGACACAGCUGAGCCAAACUGGAACGAGGAAUUUGAGAUAGAGCUGGAGGGCUCCCAGACCCUGAGGAUACUGUGCUAUGAAAAGUGUUACAACAAGACGAAGAUCCCCAAGGAGGACGGCGAGAGCACGGACAGACUCAUGGGGAAGGGCCAGGUCCAGCUGGACCCACAAGCCCUGCAGGACAGAGACUGGCAGCGCACCGUCAUCGCCAUGAAUGGGAUUGAAGUAAAGCUCUCGGUCAAGUUCAACAGCAGGGAGUUCAGCUUGAAGAGGAUGCCGUCCCGAAAACAGACAGGGGUCUUCGGAGUCAAGAUUGCUGUGGUCACCAAGAGAGAGAGGUCCAAGGUGCCCUAUAUCGUGCGCCAGUGUGUGGAGGAGAUCGAGCGCCGAGGCAUGGAGGAGGUGGGCAUCUACCGCGUGUCCGGAGUGGCCACGGACAUUCAGGCACUGAAGGCGGCCUUCGACAUCAAUAACAAGGAUGUGUCGGUGAUGAUGAGCGAGAUGGACGUGAACGCCAUCGCAGGCACGCUGAAGCUGUACUUCCGUGAGCUGCCCGAGCCCCUCUUUACUGACGAGUUCUACCCCAACUUCGCAGAGGGCAUUGCUCUUUCAGACCCAGUUGCAAAGGAGAGCUGCAUGCUCAACCUGCUGCUGUCCCUGCCGGAGGCCAACCUGCUCACCUUCCUUUUCCUUCUGGACCACCUGAAAAGGGUGGCAGAGAAGGAGGCCGUCAAUAAGAUGUCCCUGCACAACCUCGCCACGGUCUUUGGCCCCACGCUGCUCCGGCCCUCAGAGAAGGAGAGCAAGCUCCCUGCCAACCCCAGCCAGCCCAUCACCAUGACCGACAGCUGGUCCUUGGAGGUCAUGUCCCAGGUCCAGGUGCUGCUGUACUUCCUGCAGCUGGAGGCCAUCCCUGCCCCGGACAGCAAGAGACAGAGUAUCCUGUUCUCCACCGAAGUCUAAAGGCCCCAGUCCAUCUCUAGGAGGCAAACAGACGGCCUGGAAACCUCUGGCUAAUUGGGCCAUCCGUAGAGCGGGAACCUUCCUGAGGUGUCCUUGGGCCACCCCCAAGUGUCGGGCCAUCUGCCAAGAGACAGCGACCCAAAGCCGAAGGACAGGUGGACUGGACAGAUCCCGCCCAGGUCUGAGAGCCCCAGGCUGGCCUCAGACUGUGGUUUUUCCAUGCGGCCACCCGAGGGCGCCCCAAGCCAGAUCAUCUCAGAGUCCAGGCCUGGCCCUGGGAGACAGGGUGAAAGGAGUGGUUUUUAUGAACUUAACUUAUAGAGUCUAAAAGAUUUCUACCGAAUCACUUGUCGAGAUGUGCCCUCUCUGGGGAGGAGGGAACGUGACCGGAUUCCCUCACUGUUGUAUCUGGAAUAAACGCUGCUGCUUCAUCCUGU